CAAAGUUGAGCUAACGUAGCGCUAAGCUAACACCAGGGGCUAGCGCGUCUUUACAUAUCUUUUUAAAAUGUCUGACACGGAGGAAACCACGGAGAUGACCAUUCCCUGCGUGCUCCUCACCAGCUGUGACAGUGGCUUCAAAGAGGAGGAGCUGAUAACACAGAUCCUCAGCUCGAAGACUCUGCCGGAGCCGAUCAAGCGAGAGGACACGGUGACCUGGUACCCGUGGGAAAUCAACAACAAAUACUACACAGCAGACGUCAGGCUAUGCGUCGUUCCCAGCACCUUCCAGAUGUCAUCAGAGAUCGCCCAGUCCACCCAGGCUUUCAUCGCUUAUUUUGACAGUAAAGCGAAGGAUGGUUUGGAAAAACUCCAUCCCUGGUUAUCAGUGGUGGAGGAUCUGAAUCCGGAGGUGCUCAUCCUGGUGUGUGACAGAGUUUGUGAAACAGGGGUCAGCAGACAUGAAGCACAGCAGUGGUGUUUGGCUCAUGCCUUUGAGCUGGUGGAGCUCAGUCCACUGGAGGUGCCGGAUGAAGAUGAUGACUUUCCAGAAUCAACUGGAGUAAAGAGAAUUGUUCAAGCUCUCAAUGCAAACGUGUGGUCCAGUAUGGAGAUGAAAGAUGAGCACAACCAGGGGUUUGGUCUGUUGAGCAGUUUGGUGGCCUCCAGACACAACAACCCACGCACCUGCCAAGAUACAGCAUCCUCCAGCUUGCCAGAAGAGGGCACAGUAGUUACUGAGGCCAACCAUACAGAGGAGAGGAGCACAGAGACAGUAACACAAGGGCAGACAGUAGUCGAUGAAUUGACUGAUUUGGACAUUCAGGAACUCGCUAAUCUGACAUCUGGAGAUGCGGAUGUGGAUAACUUUGAACGUCUCUUUACCAAAUUAAAAGAGAUGAAAGAUAAAGCUUCUUCGUUACCUCAUGAGCAGAGGAAGGUUCAUGCAGAGAAGGUAGCAAAAGCGUUUUGGACGGCCAUCGGUGGUGAUGUGGAUGAGAUAGAUGGAUUGUCAUCGGGUGAGGAAAGCUAAAAAAAGAAUUGGCUUCCAGAGACUAAUCUCCAGAUCCUCCUCCUUUUUUGGGACUUCCACAUGAUCCAGCGUCCUUUCACCUGCUUCUUGCACUUGGAAAGUGGAGAUGCUUACAGAUGGUACUGUAGGCAUAGUCAUGUUUAGAAACCUUGGAUUACUCAAAUGAAAUGAUUUCAUUACUGGUGUAAAAGUGAGAAGCAGAUGGAAAUUGAUAAUAGGGAUACAAAGCCAGUGAGGGGCCACGACCCUCAGUCCUAUUUCCUGGGUCCUGUCACUAUAUUUUAAGCCCUGAGUUGAACGUGAACACAUGAUGGUGUUACAUAUGAAAAAAAUCAUUCAUUAAAGUGUGUUGGCUUUGAUUAAUGUAUUUGUUCUUUGGGUGCAGUUGUCACAUAUAUUUUGAAGUGACAUAUUGUGCCUUAGAGGAGUGGUAAUGCACAUUCUGUUGACUCAACAUAAAGACUUGUGAUUUUAA